ACCAAGACCUCAACCCACUGCUACAACGAUCCAAACCAGCCCUUGGGACGAGGGGAGGAAAAGAGAGAAAAAGGGAGAAAGAGAGAGAGAGUCAGAGAGGAAGCAGCAAACGGACAUCGGCUCCUCUUUGACGGAAAUGCCUCACAAGUUGGUGGGAGAAAAUGGCUUCAACUCUACCCAGAAACUUAUUUUUCCCAGCACAUCUAACCCAGUGGAGAACAGCCUUACUUUUGAUACCCCCAGUCCCAAGGACCCUUGCAACACCCCUCUGAGCAACGGCACUUUCUACUCCAAUGCAAGCAGCCCCUCUGACUCUUGCAUCAAACCCCUCUGUGAUGCGGGAUCUGAAAGCGGAAGCCAGUUCAAGGCGGGAAUUAAGUACAUCUCCUCGGAAGGCGAGCCUCUCGUGUGUGGGUGGGGGGGCUUCACCCCGAGUUGUUUACAGUUCUUCAACACCCCCAAGGGGGUCUUGUUCUUCCUCUGCGUGGCGUCAUUCCUGCAAGGGAUGACGGUGAACGGUUUCAUUAACACCGUCAUCACCUCGAUCGAGCGGCGCUUCGACCUGCGGAGCUACGAGAGCGGGCUGAUCGCCAGCUCCUACGACAUCGCGGCCUGCGUGUGCUUGACGUUUGUCAGUUACUUUGGGGGGAACGGGCAUAAACCGCGGUGGCUCGGGUGGGGAGUGUUGAUCAUGGGGAUUGGGUCCAUCGUCUUUGCCCUGCCCCAGUUCACCACCAGCCAAUACGAAGCACAUUUCUCAGAGGAGGUUGGCAUGUGCUCCUCCAAUCAGAGCGUGAGGUGCUCAGAAAGCGUCUCCAGUCUUUCUAAUUACCGGUUUGUCUUCAUGCUCGGACAGUUCCUACACGGGAUAGGAGCGACGCCACUUUACACCCUUGGAGUGACCUAUUUGGAUGAAAAUGUCAAGUCCAACUAUUCCCCUGUGUAUAUUGCUAUUUUCUACACUGCUGCCAUAUUGGGUCCUGCAGCCGGCUAUCUGGUUGGAGGAGUCUUUCUAAAUAUUUACACUGAAAUUGGAAGACAAAUUGACCUUACACCAGACAACACUCUGUGGGUUGGAGCUUGGUGGAUCGGAUUCCUGGGUGCAGGGGCUGGUUCCCUUUUGAUUGCGAUCCCCAUCCUGGGUUAUCCUCACCGCUUGCCAGGAUCCCAGCGCUACAUCGUCAUGAGGGUUUCGGAAGCCCAUCAGCUGAAGGACGGCAGCCACAAAACAGCCUCCGAUCCUGAUUUUGGAAAGACGGUGAAAGACCUGCCACGGUCAGUACUGCUGCUAUUGAAGAACCCAACCUUCAUCUUCCUUUGCUUAGCUGGAGCAACCGAGGCUACACUCAUUGCUGGGAUGUCCACCUUUGGGCCAAAGUUCCUUGAAUCCCAGUUUAGCUUAAGUGCCUCGGAAGCAGCAACCUUGUUUGGCUACCUCGUGGUUCCAGCAGGAGGAGGAGGCACAUUCCUGGGAGGGUUCAUUGUGAACAAAUUUAAGCUGCGUUGUUCAGGGAUCAUCAAGUUCUGCUUGUUUUGCACCAUGUCGAGUCUGCUGGCGAUCUUCAUCUUUUUUAUUGAUUGCCCCAAUAUGCCCAUGGCUGGAGUAACACAGAUGUAUGACAGAAGCGUCUUGCCUGAAGGCCACCUCAACCUGUCGGCCCCCUGCAAUGUGGGAUGUGAUUGUCUGCGAGAGGCGUACAGUCCCGUGUGCGGAAAUGACAACAUCAUGUAUUACUCCCCUUGCCACGCCGGAUGUAAGAACGUAUCAACCAGCCGUGAUGGUGGGAAAAAGGUUUACCACGAGUGCAGCUGCAUUCUGGAACGUGCUCCUCCUGCAUCUAGCUUUGCGACAGCAGGAAAGUGUACAUCCUCCUGCGAGAAAAGGUCCCUCCUGCUGCUUUUCAUGUUCAUUGUCAUUCUCUUCACAUUCCUAAGCAGUAUUCCUGCUCUGACAGCUACUUUACGGUGUGUCUCGGACAGGCAGCGGUCAUUUGCUCUAGGAAUCCAGUGGAUUGUAGUGAGGACACUAGGUGGCAUUCCAGGACCAAUUGCUUUUGGGUCAAUGAUUGACAAGUCGUGUCUCCUCUGGCAGAACCAGUGUGGUGAACAAGGUUCUUGCUACGUCUACCAGAACUUUGCCAUGAGUCGAUACACCUUGUUUGCUGGACUUUUAUACAAAGUGAUGGGAUCCUUCUUCUUCCUGCUUGCCUGCAUGCUCUACAAACCACCUCCUCCUGAAUCCUUCCCAGGAAGCUCGGAUGCUUCUGAAAAUGGCAACUGUGACCCCCCGGAGAAAAAAUGUCCACAUCAAUCUCAAGACAAUGUAUAGCACUUUGAAUGCGACAAGUGACUUUCACAC